AUGGAAAAUGGAUUACCCUUACUUCAUUCUCUCUUGCAGCAUACUCUAAGAACCACUUGCUCAUUUCCUACUUCUUCAACUUCUUCCAAAUGGGUCUAUGCUGUUUUUUGGAGAGUUGUACCAAGAAACUUUCCUCCACCAAGGUGGGAAUUUGGAGGGACUUCUCUUGAUCGUUCCAGGGGAAAUAAAAGAAAUUGGAUUAUUGUAUGGGAAGAUGGAUUUUGUGAUUUUAAUGAAUGUGAGCAAAGGAAAAAUGGAUACAUGAAUGAAAGAUUUGGAGCUGAUGUAUUCUUCAAAAUGUCUCAUGAAGUUUACAGUUAUGGAGAAGGAUUAGUGGGGAAAGUUGCAGCAGAUAAUAGUCACAAAUGGAUUUAUAGUGACACUCAAAAUGGAUGUGAAUCUAACUAUACUGGUCCAUGGAAUGCUUCAAUUGAUCAUCAUCAACCAAAGGCAUGGGGGGUUCAGUUAAAUUCAGGCAUUCAGACUAUUGCUCUCAUUGCUGUCAAAGAAGGCUUAGUACAACUUGGUUCAUUUAACAAGAUUGCAGAAGAUCUUGAUAUAGUGCUCAACAUACAAAGGAAAUUCAGCUACCUCCAAACAAUACCAGGACUAUUUUCAAUUCAAAGACCACCAUACACACCCUUUCAACAUCCAUAUAUUACAAAACCUAAUUUCCAAAUCAUUGAAAACAAUGAAAUUUCUAAGAACCAAGUGACCAAACUCAGCAAUCUACAUGAAGAAAGAUCCAACUAUUUAUCCAUGCUUUCCAUAAACUUAGGUAGAAAUAUUCCUCCACAAAAUGGAACAUCAAUUCCUCCUCUUUGGUCACCUCAACCUUCUUUACCAAGCAAUCACAAAGUAAAGAUUGAAGAAGGAACAUUUCAUAUUGAUGAUUAUGCUCCUAACUCUUAA